AUGAAGACGUACUAUGGAGGCGAGAAUUUGUCGUUAAAAUUGAAGUGGCUGCUUGCCAACUGCGACGCGCCAUUAUCCACUGAUGCGAUGGAUACUGCUGCAAGUAAUGGGGAACUGAACAUGGUUAUUUGGUUUCACAACAAUCGCUUUGAAGGGUGCACUUCUGCAGCAAUGGAUCGUGCUGCAGCUGAAGGCCGUCUCACGGUUGUCAAAUGGCUUCAUGACAACCGCAGUGAGGGGUGUACGGUAGCAGCGAUGAAUGGUGCUGCAACCAAUGGCCAUCUCGACGUUGUGAAGUGGCUGCAUGAUAAUCGUACUGAAGGCUGCACUGUAACUGCAAUGAACAAUGCUGCACGUAAUGGCCAUCUCGAUGUUGUCAUGUGGUUGCAUUUAAAUCGUUCCGAAGGCUGCACGGUUACUGCAAUGGAUAGUGCUGCAACCAAUGGUCAUCUCAAUAUUGUAAAAUGGUUGCAUCAAAAUCGUUCCGAAGGCUGCACUACCGCUGCGAUGGAUGGUGCGGUAUGUAAUAGUCACGUGGAUGUAGCACGAUGGUUACAUGACAAUCGGUCGGAGGGCUGCACCACAGCUGCAAUGGACACGGCAGCGGGACAAGGAUAUCUUGCUGCAAUGAAGUGGCUGCAUAGUAUUCACAUGGAAGGCACGUCCGCUGCGAUAACUAACGCGGCAGCAAAAGGUUUCUUGGAUGUGGUAAAAUAUCUGCACAAGAAUCUCAAUCUUGCUGCCACAAACACGUCGAUCGUUGCAGCCGCGGAGAAUGGUCAUCUGCCUGUUGUUGAGUAUCUUCACAGGAACCGAGUGGAAAACUGCCAAGCUGAAGCCAUCUUUCGUGCCAAGAGAAAUGGACAUCUUGAUAUUGUCAACUUGUUGCUGAAGCACGAUGAAUGUCAACUUGCAGUCGAGGUGGAGAAUCGCAAAGUCCUCGCUGACCAUAUCGUUGCUAUUGAUCAAGCACUACACUCGUUUCUCAAACUAGUAGUGUCACUGCUUCUGUUCAUUCCGCAAGUUGUGGCUGGGUGUUUUCGUCCUCGUACAAGUCAAACUCUGCAGAGCGAUUCUGGAAGUCAGGCACGUACUGAACUGGAAGCACGAAUUGUUGCUGAAGAAGAAGCUAACAUUCGCUCUAAGGUGCAGUCAAUCAUUCGUGCCGAAGUGGAAGCGGAACGAGAGAAGACGUCUCGAGCUCAAAAGGAUGCGGCAAUCAACACCACGCAGCAAAUAGAGAUUACACGCUCGCGUGGUCUAGCCCGUGAUUCACCUCGUACGCUUGAGCAGCUCAAGCUCGAGUCUUGGCGUUGA